GUCUUGUCAGUUGCAUGUGCGGAGUUAUGUGAGUUCUGGCUAAGUUGAAGUCUGGAAGAGCGUGUUCUUACAGUUUUGUACAUGAACAAUGAGCCCCACUGGGAUUUUCUGCAUUUUCUUGGCUUUUUCAGUGCAGGUUAAAGCCGCUUCACAGGGGCGCAUCUGUGUGACAGAUUACUGGCAUACCAUCAGCUGCUCUUUAAAACUACCAAACACAUCUGCUAUAAACAUAUCAUACUGGCUGGAGGCUCAUUCGAUCAUCGGUAACCAGGAUUAUAGCUGCCAACUUCAGAGAGUACAUGAAGAUCACAUCUGCAAUUUCACAGUAGAUGUAGGCUUCAAGAGUUUUGAUAAAUAUACUAUGACACUUCGCUAUUUGCAAAAUGGAACUUGGAAUUCAUCUCUGUUAGAUGCUUCUUUUAAGCCAGCAAAGAAUAUUAAACCAAAAACCCCAUUUAAUCUGACGUUACAAUAUGCAAAUGGGACGUAUCAUUUCUUUUGGAAGAGUGGAUAUGAAACACAUACCUACCGAGCUGCUCUAAUCUUCAUGUAUGAAUUCAAGUACUACAAAGAUGGAGAUCCCACAAGUGAGGUCAUUGUUCACCCAGAAAAAGAAAUUAUUCAGACUAAGGAAAUGAAGCUUGAUCCGGACACUAUGUACGCUGUGAUGGUGAAGAGUAAGGUAAAUGACAGACAGGUCUACGGUGGAACGUGGAGCGACUGGAGCAGCGCUGUGAAAUGGAAAACAGCAUACAAAGGAGAAUACAGUGAUGAACCCAGUCAAGUCAACAAGAUUGCCAUCGGAAUGUUUGCAAUGGUUGGACUUUUAAUUCUGCUUAUGUCCAUUCUUGCUGCCAGAUUUAAGAUGAAAGAUAUUUCAUGGGUGCCAACACCAGCAACGUACUUCCAGCCACUUUAUCAAAAUUACCAAGGCAAUUUUCAGUGUUGGGUUUUGGCAAAAAGUCCUUUACAAGAUUUUCAAGUUACGGAAGACUUUUCAAAAAUUGACAAGAUUUCCGAGGUCCUUACCACACUACAGGAUCAGGUAGAGAAAACAGGCAUGUAUCCCACAGCACAAUGCCACACACCCUAUGUUGGCCCCACAGCUGAGGUCUGGGCCCCAUGCCAAAUGCCUGAUACGCGCAGCGGGACAAGCAUCCCGUGUGAGGAAUUUUCUUUGUUCUGCGAAGAGUUACCUGAUAAAGUGGACAACCUCUUCCAGUCUCUGAACUUGUGUCUGAGUGGGGAUGUUCUGUCUCUGAAGGACUCUGCUCUUAGUCUUGAGUCUCUUAUGGGCUGCAAGGCUUCUGAAGCACCGGUUAUCAUUAACCCAGUGCCUGCAUGUUUCAAACAAGACUACUGCACUCUUACCGACACUCCCACAGGCCCCAUUCCCACCUUCACCAGAGAUGUAGAGCAGGACAAAAACACCUCCAAUGAUUAAAUGUACGAAGAUAUUAUACCACGGAUUUCUGUAGAUAUGUAGACAUUUUGAAUUGAUACACUCUUCAAAAUAAAAGAUGCUUAAAAGGUUAUUCACAGCGAUGCCAUAGAAGAACCAUUCAGUCGAAGGUUCUUUAAAGAACCAUCUCUUUCUUACCUUUUUAUAACCUAAAGAACCUUUUUUGAAAUAGAAAGUUUCUUCUGAUGUUAAAGGUUCUUAAUGGAACCAAUUAGACAGAAAGGUUCUUUUAUGGCAUCGUGAAACACCUUUUUUUAAGAGUGAAUGCUGUAUAUUCACUUUUGAAGCAUGACUGUAUAUAAUUUAUGUUAUAGAACAAAAUGCACAGGCCUUUUCAAAUAAUGUAACAAGACAUUCUCAUACUGUACCUCAAUGAAAACAAGUUAUCCAGUGGUGAAGUAGCUAUUAUACUCCCUCUACUACUUCAAGUGAGAUUUGAGUUUUUGUGUGCACUGCUUAUAUGAUUUUGUGUUUUUUAUUUUGUUUCAUUCAUUAAGUAAUAUUAGUGUUGAAUGUACUGUAUUUCCAUUUGUGGUAUUUGUACUGAGAAGAAAAUAAUAAGUAUUUAAUGUGGUUAAGUCUGUUAAAGCCACACUUGAACUGACUGCAAUUUCACCUAGAAGAAUAGAAAUAUUUUAGCAGUUUAAGUAAAUCUAAGUAAACUUUACCAGGGUAAAUACCCAUAUGGGUACAUAAGAGAGCAUAAAUAAAUAAAUAAAUGUGGGAAAUUAAAAUUAUAAACAUACACCUCUACAUAUACAAAAAUUAGUAAUUACUGUUGUAUAAAAUCAAGCAUCUAGCCAUGCAGUCUGCAUUUACAGGCAUUUGGAAAAUGGGUCAUUCUGAAAAGCUCAGUGAAUUUAGGUGUGGUGCUGUGAUAGGAUGACACCUUCGCAAUAAGUCAGUUUGUGAAAUUUCAUCCCUGCCAGUGUCAACUGUAAGUGGUAUUAUUGGAAAGCUGAAGCGUUUAGAAAGCAGAAACUCAGCCACAAGGCAAAGUCACAGAGUGGGGUCAGCAAGAGCUGAGGUGCAUGGAGGGUAAAAGUCAUCAGCUGCAAUCUGCUGGUUCCAUAGCUGAAGAGUUACAAACAAACACUGGCAUUAAUAUCAGCACAAAACGUGUGAGGCGGGAGCUUCAUGGAAUGAGUUUCCAUAGCCUAGCAACUGCACGCAAGACUCACAUUACCAAGUAUGUGUUCUAUGAAGUGAUGAAUCAUGCUUCUCUGUUUAUCAGACUAAUGGACGAGUCUGGGUUUGGCGGAUACCAGUAGAAUGUUACCUGCCUGACUGCACUGUGCCAUCUGUAAAGUUUGGUGGAGAAGGGAUAAUGGCAUGGGGUUGUUUUUCAGGGGUUGUGCUAGGCCCCUUACUUCCGGUGAAGAGAAAUCUUAAAGUUGACAUAUCAUGAAAAUCUGACUUUUUCUGUUUUUAAUUUCUAUAAUUGGGUCACUGGUGCAUCUACCAACCCAGAAAACGUAUAUUAGAAUGCAAUCUUUUUUUUUUUUUUUUUUUUUUGUAAGCCUUUCUCUGCAGACUUGUGAAAUAAUGGACCACUCAGAUUUCGCUUUUCUGUGACAUAGAAAGGGGAUACUACCACCCCUUAAUCUGCAUGUUUCCACCCACAGCGCCACCAUUGUGUUUUUGCAAGGGACAAUGGUGUGCCAGUUCUAACGCCAUGCCAGAAGUUAGAGCGAAGCAUUCUAACUGUUCUGUGUUUGGUUGCACAGACAAGUACAGAACACUAUAUGGAGUCCCAGCCUCAGUGGAUACAACAGAGCAGUGGAUUUAUUGAUUUAUUUACUGUAUUUUAUGCUGCUGCCACACAGAUUUAAAAUAAACAUGCAAUUUCUUUCCCAA